AUGAUUAAGGAUCCGUGGUUGGUUGCUAAUCUUGAAAUCACUACGGAGUUAUGGAGGCUGCGCAACAAAGUUUAUUUUGAAGAUGUUGUUGUUCAUUGGAUAGGCUUUAAAGGUAGAGUUUAUCAGUUAAUUCGUGAUAAUUCAAUACGGAUGAAGGGCCAUAUAAAUAAUACAAUGGAGGAUUUACGUAUCUUGAAUUAUUUCAAAGUGAGGCAUAGAUCGUGCAAAGUGUCUUCUCCAAUUGAGGUAAGGUGGUUUCCUCCUAACCAAGAUGAAAUCAUGAUUUGUUGUGAUGGUGCGUCCCUUGGAAAUCCAGGCCCGACUGGUGCUGGUGUUACUUUUCGUGAUGCAAAUGCAGCUGUUUUGGGUGUCCUCUGCGUUGGCCUGAGACUGCAGACAAACUUUUAUACGGAAGUGUGCGCAGUUAUAUAUGGUGCUAUGUUGGCCAGAAAGUGGAAUUUUAGGAGUAUCUGCGUACAAUCCGAUUCGAUGAGUUGCAUUCAAGCUUUCCAAAAUGAGGAUGCUUCGGCUAAGCAAGCAUGUUUGCUAGAUGAGGACAUUUUUGAGUUUUAUGAGGGGAGACCAGUUUCUAUGCUUUCUGUAAAAUGGCCGGGUGAGCGAGAAAGCUGGAGAGAAAUUGAUGUUACUGUCGCUGAAGUAAUGGAGAUUAAAGACAUGGAAUUCGAAGCUGAGAAGGAAAUGAAGAAUGGUCACGGCCAGUUUUGCCCUAUUUCGGUACAGCUGCUAGCCAUGGUUUGUGGCUGCUUAUCAAGGGUCGAGAGAACACAACAACAAGGCAUAGAAGUGGCUGAUUACGGGUUAGUCUUGAGCAGAGGCAUUAUAGAAGACUCCCAGAACCCUUCUUUUAGAACGGGAAAAAGUUUUGAUAUAGAAACUGUGGAUGUUAGAUAUGGGUUCUCUUAUGACCCAAAAAAUGAAGAUCAUAGAGUUGGAACACUGGUGAUUACAUCGUUUAGAUCUGCUGAUCUGAAUGUCUACUCCCUAAAGGCAGACAUAUGGAAGACAAGUAGUAUCCAAUUUGUACAUGCUCCCAAGGGAGAGCUACAGAGACAACUCCAGAUGCCGCAUGAACUUUUGGGUACCACUGAAUUACAGAUGUGUGCACUUGGAGGUGCUUUAUAUCUAUAUUGGAGUGACCAAGAGGGUGCUCAAGUAUGGCUCAUGAAGGAUUAUGCUGUCCAAGAUUCUUGGAUAAGACUGAUCUCUAUCGAUCAUAAAGUAUUUCCUAUACAUCCGUAUUUUCAUCUAAAGGGGAUUCUAGGUGGACUCGUUCUCUUUGAGAGGCCGGGUAAAGACCAAUUCGUGUACCAUCUUCAACAAAAGAGAAUGAUAAAACUGCAGAUAUAUGAGGGGUAUGAAAGCGAUGAUGAUUAUGAUGGAUGGAAUGAUUAUAUAAGAGUAGUCUAUAUGUGGUCAAUAUCGUGGAGCAUGGACCAACUAUCAGAGUCAAGAUACAGACAUGAGAUCCGGAUCCGUGCUUCUCUGGUAGAUUCAAGGGAUAGGACUGUGUUGCAACCUAUCUCAGAUGCAGCAACAGAGAUGCUGCCGAGAAUUGUCAAUGCAGAUAAUCCAUCGACAAGUUUUGCUGCAAACUUUGUUCAUGCAUCCACUGAUAAAAAUAGGUGUUCAAUAAAUCGUUUGUUGUGGACUCCUUCAGGGAGAUAUCUUUUAACUGGUUCGCAAAGAGGUGAAAUAACUAUUUGGAAUGGACAAUCAUUUAACUUCGAGAUGACUCUUCAGGCUCACGAUCAAGCAAUUAGGUCUAUGGUAUGGAGUCACAACGGGAAUUGGAUGGUUACAGGGGAUGAUCUAGGCACAAUAAAGUGUUGGGGAAGUAGCUUGAAUAAUUUCAAGAUAAAUAAAUCUGCUCAUAAGGAAUUAGUCUGCGAUUUAAGUAUGGCAGGCCAUGGUCGGAAUGUUAAGAGUGUCGAUUGCCACCCAACAAAGUCAUUACUAGCUUCAGGUGGCAAAGACAAUCUUGUAAAACUCUGGGAUGCUGAGUCUGGGAAAGAGCUUCAAUCGUUGCAUGGUCAUAAAAAGACAGUUACUUGUGUUAAAUGGAAUCAGAAUGGUAACUGGCUACUAACAGCUUCGGAGGAUCAACUCAUCAAGCUUUAUGAUGUUAGAGCUGUGAAAGAGCUUCGAUCCUUUCGUGGACAUUGGAACGAUGUAACUGCUCUUGCAUGGGAUCCUUUCCACGAAGAUUACUUUGUCAGCGGCAGUUUUGAUGCGUCCAUCUUCCAUUGGCUCGUUGCGCAUGAUACUGCUCAGGUCGAAAUAACUGGGGCACAUGAAAAUAGUGUACGGGGCCUUGCAUGUCAUCCUAGUGGCUAUAAUCUUUGCAGCAGUAGCAAUGAUCAUACAACAAGGUUUUGGUGUAGAAAUAGACUAGGAGAUCCUCCUUGGGAUAGAUUCAAUACAGGAUAUGAGCAAGGAUUUGAUGUGUACAAUCCUGCUCUGGUGGGUCGUGUGCCCAGUAAUUUCUCAGUACCUGAUGGCCCAUCGACUGGACCUUUCGCUACUGGUCUGCCUCGAAAUGAAGGAGCCAUUCCUGGUAUUGGAGUUGCAAUGCGACUAUCCAUGCCAUUCAGACAGCGGAUCGGAGGCGAGCAACAACGGCAAUCUUUUCCAGUUUCUAUGCUUGUGAGGCCACCUCAGCUUCCUCUGGGUUCGCAUCCAUCCCUUCUUGCCCCUGGUCAAUCUUAUCAUCAGUUUUUUCCUCAUAUGCUGCCCCCACAACAACAACAUCAUCAACCAUACCAACAGCAAAUACCUUCUUUACAAGUCCCACCCUCAAAUAUGCCGCUGAUAUCACAUUCUCAUUUGUCUCGCCCUCCCCAAAUGGCAGGUUUCUUGCUCAUGCUCUCUGUGUCUAACUCGCAACAAUUGCCACCAAUGCCCGGUGAAAUGGGUAUGCAAGGUUCGAUGAAUCAGACAGUCCCGCCAAUGCCAUACGGACAUAUGAUGGAUCAAAUGCAUUCAGGAUCUGUACCGGCCAAUGCCCUACAACAACCUCCACAUGGUGAUUAUGCAUAG